AUACUAAUUGGUUUGAAGUGACUGAUGAAGAACUAAGUAAAAUAAGUCCAAAAGAUAAUUCAUUUGAAGGAUUUCCACCAGUUUAUAUAACAGCUGGUACAAAUGAAAUAUCAAUUGAUGCGAUUCGUGAUAUGACUGAGAAAAUAAGAUUAUCAGAUGUAGAAGUUAUAUUGGACGAAGCUGAAGGAUUAAUGCAUACAUAUGCUUUAUUUCAUCUUUGGUCACUACAAGGUAGACGAGUUCAAGAAAGAAUACGCCAAUGGAUUGGAGAACAAUUGGUAAUUGAAAUAAAAUUGAAAUCAAAAAUAAAUACGGUUACAACAAAUCUUGAGUGUAAUUAG